CACGAGCUUGGAAUUCCCUUUGUGUGUAUUGCCUCGAACAAAAUCAUCAUUCUGUGGUGUGCGAUGCGUCUGGGUUAUCGGCCAUGUUCCUCACCUUCGACUCGGCUCAACCCAGCGAGGACGCCCCACGCAAUCCCAAGUACACAAAAAAGACCGACCGGAUUACCCGACGAGGAUCAACACCUCGAGCCUGUACGUCCUGUCGUCGUCGAAAAAUUAAAUGUGAUGGAGAAAAGCCCUGCGAAGCGUGCCGAUGGUAUAAGAAACCGGACUCGUGCUAUUACCCGGAAGGCCGAUUAUCGCAAAGGUGAGCAAAAGGGGCCCAAAGACCUUUGUUCCAGGUCAAAUACUGAUUAUUCAAUCAGCAGCCACUCGGGAAAGUCACCAGUAGCAGCCUCAUUUGACUACAGAGGUACUUUGGAAAAGUUAUUUCCGGACACGUCCCCUGAAAGUCUUGUUGAUCUCUCCCGGGAGAAGUUAUUAGAGUUGAUGACCACAGGGGGAUCCCCGUAUGUGCAACACCAAAGCUCGCCAACAAUGACCACAUCUAUGGAGACACAUGUCUCUACCAUGACAAUGGAGAGACCCGACCUGGAGUCUCUACAUUCGAUGCCAGCAGAGGAACUCGACGAUGGCCAGGCUGCUAGCACCUCGAGCUCAAUUGGACACAUCUCGGACGAUGUGAACGCUUUAUCCCUCACGACUCGACAUCCCACCUCCUACCUGGGUAUCUCAUCUAUCCAGGCUGCGCUGAAGGUCAUUGCAUGGCUUCACCCAGAGUUUGAAUCGUAUUUCGCUCGCACCUUAUCCCAAGAGCAAAGUAAUCAGUCAACCAACCCGAUGGCCCAGCAUCAAGGCACGGAUCAAUCCCGACCGUCGCUCACGGAGCUACAAAUGCUCGAUGCAUAUUUUAUCAACUUCCAACCAUUUACGCCCCUUCUAGAUGAAGACUAUAUUCGAACGACCUACUUGACAAGUUUGCGGAAAGAUAAACGAUGGCUGGCACUGCUCAACAUCGUCCUCGCUUUGGGAAGUAUUGCUGCAGCGGGGGCCGACGACAACACCCACAAAGUCUACUUUGAGCGUUCAAUGAGUUGUCUAGACCUUCCUACAUGUUUGGCAAACCCUAGUCUAGAGAUUGUUCAGGCUUUGGGAUUAAUUGGUGGCUGGUAUUGCCACUAUGUUAGCCAACCAAACCUCGGAUACUCGCUCAUGGGGAAUUCUAUACGCAUGGCCGUUACUUUAGGCCUACAGCGAGAGCCUUAUGACAGCCAUCAGAUGUUGAGCCCAACAAAAGUUGCAAACCAGGAGUUUAGGCGGCGUGUUUGGUGGUCACUGUCUUGCUUGGAGACGUGGGGCCUUGAGACGCUCGGUCGAUUGAGUAUGGAUUGCUUCGGCCCAAGCAUCACUGUUCAUCAACCUCAUCUGCUCGAUAAUGAAAAAUAUUUUGAGGCGCUCCCUUUGAUAGAAAACGUUCAAUUCGUCAAGAUUGCGUCGAAAAUCCAACAAGCGCUGGCGACAUUACCGACUCUUCCACACGAAACCAUUCUACAGAUGGAUACAGAGUUACUUCGUUGGUGGGAUAACCUACCGCCAGUCAUGAAAGACUACGACCCUUGCCCAGAGCCACUGUACGCAGUGCGUACUGUCAUGCGAUGGAAGUUCUACAACCAGCGCAUGCUUCUUUAUCGCCCAAUGCUCCUUACCUAUGCAAUGCGACGAAUCCCACUCAUGGCUAUCCGAGCCGAGGAACGCACCGCUAUAAUCAAAUGCCGCGAAAUUGCAGAGUUGACUAUUCGAGACAUCUCGAUGACCACUCAUUUAAACCAAAUUGUCGGCUGGAACGCUGUUUGGUUGAUAUUCCAGGCCACUAUGGUCCCUUUGAUUAGUCUGUCUAUUGGAUCCAUUGAUGAUGAAUCGGGUGCCUCGUUUGAGGCCUGCAAGUCUCAAGUUGAGAGAGCUAUACUUACUCUUGCCCGCCUACGGCCGUAUGGACAUACUGCGGCACGCUCACUUGAGGUUGUUUCUCGAAUUCUUGAAGCCAACAUGGCGCAUUCAGGAGUACAUCAAUCUAAUACCAGUGAUGGAGGCUUUGGCUACCAAAAGCCUGAUGGCGAACCUUUAAAUAGCAAUGACACGUUCGCCCGCACCUCAGAUUGGACGGCUUCGGCAUUCGAGAACUAUGGUUCGCACUCCAUGUGGGAGUAUUUGAGUUGGGAUGCUAAUGAUUUGUGGCCCGAGAUGUCUAACAUUAGUUCUCAGAGCGCUGUGACGUCUUUCUCAAACCCUGCUGGGUAA